UCAGGAAUGUUGUCGUCAUCGCGUCACAAUUUCAGCCCAGCGCCGUACAGCUGGCAAAACAAUUCACACAAACCUCUUCGUUGCUAAACUACAAUGAGCACCAGAAUCAGACUAUAGACAGUAACCUCUUGACAUUCCGGCCGCUAACCUUCAUUAUUAUAUUCUCGAACCUGUUUGUGCAAAACCAUGUCGGCAUCACAAGGAAGCACGAGCACGGACACGAACACGGAACCAUGGGGCAGUUUUGAUAACAACAUUAUCCAGGGCAGGGGCUCGGCGGUGAUAGACAUGGAGAAUAUGGACGACACCUCUGGUUCCAGCUUUGAGGAUAUGGGGGAGAUGCAUCAGCGUAUGAAGGAGGAGGAGGAGGUGACAGCCGAGGCCGCAGCUACGGAGGAGGACAACGGGGAAUAUGGGGACUUCCUCGGGAUGAAGGGCUUGAAGGGGCAGCUGGGCAGACAGGUGGCUGAUGAGGUAUGGCAGGCAGGAAAGCGUCAGGCCUCGAAAGCAUUUAAUCUCUACGCCAAUAUUGACAUUCUCCGGCCGUACUUUGAUGUGGAGCCUAUUCAAGUCAGAAACAGGUUGAUCGAAUCCUUGAUCCCAGUCCGGAUCAUCAACUUUCCACAGAAAGUUGCUGGAGAGCUGUAUGGACCAAUGAUGCUGGUGUUCACAAUGGUGGCUAUUCUGCUCCAUGGCAUGAAGACAUCAGGAACCGUUAUUAGAGAAGGCACGCUGAUGGGAACUGCCAUUGGAACCUGUUUUGGAUACUGGCUGGGAGUGUCUUCCUUCAUCUAUUUCCUUUCUUACCUGUGCAACGCUCAGAUUACCAUGCUGCAGAUGUUGUCUUUGCUAGGUUACGGUCUCUUUGGCCACUGUAUGGUCCUUUUCAUCACUUACAAUGUCCACUUCCACUCGCUCUUCUACUUUCUCUGGCUGGUGAUUGGAGGACUCUCUACUCUACGCAUGGUGGCUGUGCUGAUUUCCCGUACUGUUGGUCAGACUCCUCGCCUCAUCUUGUGUGGGACCCUGGCUGCUCUUCACAUGCUUUUUCUGCUCUAUCUGCACUUUGCUUACCAUAAGAUGGUUGAAGGUAUUCUGGACACCUUAGAAGGACCUAACAUCCCACCCAUCCAGAGAGUAGCCAGAGAUGUUCCCGUUGUUGCAAGUGCUGUUGUAAAUGCCACCAUCAAGUCAAUAGCUGCAGUUGUACAGUCCCAGUGAUUAUAUAUAUAUUUGUCUAUUGAGUCAGUAGUACAGUCCAGUGAGGCUGGUGUACAUAUGUAGGGUCAGGGCAACACAAAAUCAUGAAGCAGUCUCUGUUGAGCACCAUAGGUCUGAGCUCAGUUUGUAUCUCAUGUUAUUCCUGAUGCUGUCGAACAGACCUAAAAGGGUGGCUUCACUUGAUUUUGGCUCGUAUUAUUAUGAGACAAUUUUGACACUAUCCAAUUCAAUCUACACCUGUCUUAAUAAUUUUUUGUUAAGGGUUACAGUACAUAAGACCUCCUAUUAUUAGAAUGGUUUAUUCAGAAUAUGUAAGAAUUCCUUAAGGAUGCUGAUACUAAUAAUUAUUCUUCAAAAACCCUGUUGACAUUAAAUGCAGCUUGCUAUUUGCACUGGUUGUCCUCACAGACUGUCUCAGAUUCAGAGUGACAUCACACUUCUGUUUUUAGGUCUUGUUGCAUAAUUUUUUACAAAUAUUUUCACAGUUGCAAAGAAAGUCUUUAUCAAGACUCGAUAGAGAAAUCUUGAUCAGAAAGCAAAGUGCAUAGAAAUACUGAAAUGCAAUGGUAUUUAAUUUGAAGAUGAGAAAGAUUGUCAUGGUGCAUGCAAUCUUUUUUUCCCUAAUUCAUAUUUAGCCAGCCAUUGUGGUGCAGUCUGAUUCCUGCUAUUUAAAGCUAUGGUUUAGGGGGGUGAGGGUUUUCUGCUCUCUCAUUAUGUUGUCUUCUUUAUGUGAGCUUCUUAUUUAAAGGGUUCUUGUAAAGAGAAAAUAAAGAAACGUUGUUGUCCUUA